GUCACAGUUGUCAGGUGAGUGAAAGUGUCUGACACGCGAGGCUGUUCACGUCACAUUAACUGUAGAAAUAUUUAAAAAAAACGCGCAUUAUUUUUUGGGGGUUUUGUGGUUUUACGCAGCGGCGCGCGCAGGACAGAGGCUCUGCUCCGCUCCUGGGGGGGGCGGGGCGAGACGGGACACUGUGGAAAGUUGCAAAAAAUCGCAAAACCUCGGGUCAACAUUUACAGAAGAGGGUUAGUGAUUAACUGUGCUCUCGGCGCACACACACACACACACACACACACACACACACACACACUCUCCACUGUCCGCUCACGAUGCUGUGCGCUCGGCUGUGGACACGUUCCGCUCCCCUUCUCUGGAGACGAGCGCAGAGCCACGCUGCUGCUGCUGGUGCAGGUGGUGCUGGUGCAGGUGGUGCUGGUGCCGGUGGUGCCGGUGGUGCCGGUGGUACCAGGCUGGACCUCAGCGGCAUCUACCCGCCCAUCGCCACCCCGUUCACCGCCGAGGAGGACGUGGACCACCGCCGACUGGAGGAAAACCUGCAGAAAUAUGCCAAGAUCCCUUUUAAAGGUCUGGUGGUGCAGGGCUCCAACGGCGAGUACCCGUACCUGACGCAGGAGGAGCGGGUGGAGGUGGUGAGGACGGUCCGACGCUCGCUGCCCGCGGGCAAACUGCUGAUGGCCGGAUCGGGCUGUGAAUCCACCAGAGCCACGGUGCGUCUCACGGAGGAGAUGGCGGCGGCCGGCGCCGACGCCGUCCUCGUGGUCACUCCCUGCUUCUACAAGGGGAAGAUGGACAGCCGCGCCCUCAUCCAGCACUUCACCACGGUGGCGGACAGCAGUGCGGUGCCGGUGGUGCUGUACAGCGUCCCGGCCAACACGGGACUGGAGCUGCCGCCGGAGGCCGUGGUGCGGCUGGCGCAGCACCCGAACAUCGUGGGCCUGAAGGACAGCGGAGGAGACAUCACACGGAUCGGCCUGAUUGUUCACCAAACCGAAGCGCAGGACUUCCAGGUGUUGGCGGGCUCAGCGGGCUUCCUCAUGGCCGCCUACUGCGUCGGUGCAGUAGGCGGCGUGUGUGCGCUGGCUAACGUCCUGGGCCGGGAGCUGUGUGAGUUGGAGCGUCUGUGUGCGUCGGGUCGCUGGGAGGAAGCCAGAGUCCUGCAGCGCCGCCUCAUCGAGCCCAACGCCGCCGUGACCAGGAAGUUGGGAGUUCCCGCCCUCAAGCAGGCGAUGGAGUGGUUCGGUUUCCACGGCGGCGCCUGUCGAUCGCCGCUGCAGCCGCUCACGGAGGCUGAGACGGAGCAGCUGCGGCGCGACUUCGCCUCCAACGGCUGGUUGUGAGACUGGAUGAUGGACCGAUGGAUGGAUCGUCGUGGUGAUGAAUCCUCAUGUCCGCCUGGCGACUGAAAUAAAAAAGAAACAUGAUCGACACACAUUGA